UUUUUUCCUUUUUUUUUUUUUUUCUUUUCUCAAAUACAUAUUUUUUCUAAUGGAUGUUGAAUCUAAUAAAGAUACGCCUAUCAAGAGCUGGUGGAAGAAAGUUACCAAUAAUACGAAUAGUAAACCAGUGUAUCAAAAGCAAGAGGAUCAAAUAUUUGGUGUACCACUACUGAAUAGCUUAAAAUGUGCAAGAGCAGUGAUCGCCUAUGUGGAUAAUGAUGUGCAAUACUUUGGUUUUAUUCCUGUUAUUGUUGCCAAAUGCGGUUCUUUUCUUAAAGAUCAAGGGCUUUAUACUGAGGGCGUGUUUCGCAUGAGUGGCAGUGCUAAACGUAUUGGACAAUUACAGCAAAUAUUUAAUACACCACCCGAUUACGGUCGACAAUUGGACUGGAAAGGAUAUUCUAUUCACGACGCUGCCAAUGUAUUACGACGAUUCCUGAAUUACUUACCUGAACCUGUCAUUGUCAAUCACCUUUACCAACCCUUUCGUAAUGUGGUGCUUUUAAAUAUUUCUGAAGAAGAAAAAGUUGUACAGUUCCAAAACCUAAUUGAGCAAUUACCAGAACCUCAUCAAUAUUUGCUCUUUUAUUUACUAGAUUUACUGUCUUUUUUCAGUCAAAAUGUGCACAUUACGAAAAUGGACACGUUUAAUUUAGCGUCAGUAUUUACGCCUGGUAUCUUGUUAGAUCCUGAGCACGCACUGAAUCCUGCCCAAUACAAGACUUCACAAAAAGUAGUUCAAUUUUUGGUGGAACACCAGCAUUGUUUCAAAAUGCCUCAUUCAUCGAGAUUUCCUGUUGUACCACCGCAAAAACAAGAUGAAGAAGUAUCCUCAACAGAAGAAGCAACAGCGGAAGCAGUUGAAGGGCCAGAAGGGUCUUCCAGUGCUCGCCAUUCUUUUAGUUAUCAUCAUACAUUACAUCAAAAAUCGCUAGAUUUGACAGCAGCUCAAGAAUCCUUCAUUUCAUCCACCUCCACCACCACAGAUUCCGUCUUUUCAACAAAUACAAGGCCAGUUUCUGUUGAUCUCUCCGGGAAUAAAGAUUAUCAUAUCAAGAGGGCAAAAACAAUGCCUUCCAGAAGGUCAAGAUUUGGUCUCAACGAUCCUCUACAAAUUGUCCAACUUAAUAAAUCUGUCAUUGAAACGACAGGACAUGACAAAUAAAACACAAAAAGUAUCGACGUCAUCGUUUUGGGGGUGGCGGGGGAAACUUCAUUUUUUUUUUUUUUUUUUUUUUCUUGUCCUGGGUUUUGUGUGUGUGUGUGUGUUGUUUUUCU